GCAGAGAGAGAGAGAGAGGAGUCACAGGAAGUGGUGCUGGUGAGGUUAUUUUUAUUUUCUUUUGUUUAUACAUUUGUAAUUUGUAAUUUGUAAUUCGUAAUUUUGUAGUUCUAUUUUUCUUUCUUGGCUCGUGAGGAGGCAUGAUACAUACCACCGCUACUGCAUGAUUUCAUAGGGCGCCCUCUUCUUUAUGUUUCAUUGCGCCCUUUUUUAGGGUUUUCUGGCUUUGGUUGAUUUUUCUACACGAACGGUUGAUGGAUUGAUUCAGUGUGGAUGCUUAGUGGAGCUACCGGAGUUCAAUUUAUCCUCCUGCUUUGAUUUCCUGGGGUUUCUUCUUUGAUCUUGACGGAGUCGGAUUUUUGGAGUUACAAGUGUCGUUCGGGACAGGGAUUCGAAUGGGCCAUGGUUUUCUUCUUUGAUUUUUUUUUUUCUUCUCUGAAUUUUUUUCGGAUGCCAUUUUGUUACUUUGACUGGGAUAGUUAGAUUUUGUCGUUCGGAGCUCAGGGGAAGGUCGGAUGAAGGGGUUUAGAAGCUUAGGCGCGAGAUAUGGAGGUUAGAUCUGAGGGUCCUCAGUUGAGGACUGAUAAGCUUCCGCCUCCGCCCCCUAGGACACGUGCGCAAGUCUGGUUCAUUCGUAUCUGUUCCAGCAUUUUGCUCUGGACAUGCAUUGUUCAACUGGUUGCCGUUGGGGAACUCUGGAAUCCGCGUUUGCUGACUGGCUUGUCGAACCAUCUCAACGGGAUAAAAACAUCUCCUCUCCGCUCGGAAGUGGCUGCGCCGACGGUCCCGGUUCCUGCGAGAGUUUAUAAAAGCAAUGGUUAUCUUAGAGUUUCUUGUAAUGGAGGCUUGAAUCAAAUGCGUGCUGCGAUUUGUGACAUGGUGACAGUUGCUCGGCUUCUGAACCUCACACUAGUUGUUCCGGAGCUUGACAAAACUUCUUUUUGGGCUGAUCACAGUGACUUUGGGGACAUUUUUGAUGUGAACCAUUUCAUUCAUUCAUUAAGAGAUGAAGUGCACAUUAUCAAAAGGCUGCCGAAGAGGCUUAGUCAAAGAGCUGGAUAUCAAGCCCUUGAGAUGCCUCCAGUGAGCUGGUCAAGUGAAAAGUAUUACUUGGAACAGAUUCUGCCACUUUUCAGCAAAUACAAAGUGAUUCGCUUCAACAAAACAGAUGCACGCUUAGCAAAUAAUGGGCUUCCUAUUGACCUUCAGAAGCUUAGGUGUCGUGUGAAUUACCAAGCAUUGAAAUUCACUCCUCAGAUUGAGGUGUUAGGGCACAAGUUAGUUCAGAUUCUUCGAGGGAAAGGAUCUUUUGUGGCGCUACAUUUGAGAUAUGAGAUGGACAUGUUGGCCUUUUCAGGUUGUACUCAUGGCUGCUCUGAUGAAGAAGCAGAGGAGCUCAAGAGGAUGAGGUAUGCAUACCCUUGGUGGAGAGAGAAGGAGAUAAAUUCUGCAGAGAGGAGAUUACAAGGUUUGUGUCCUCUUACACCAGAGGAGGUUGCAUUGGUUUUACAAGCUUUGGGCUUCCAGAAGGAUGCUCAGAUCUAUAUAGCCUCUGGCGAGAUAUAUGGUGGUGAACGAAGGCUCACAGCAUUAAGAACUGCAUUUCCCCGAAUUGUGAAGAAGGAGAUUUUGCUAGACUCAGACAAUCUACGGCAGUUCCAGAACCACUCAUCUCAAAUGGCAGCACUGGAUUUUAUGGUUUCAAUUGCCAGUGACAUAUUCAUUCCGACUUAUAAUGGGAACAUGGCAAAACUUGUUGAAGGUCACCGCAGGUAUCUUGGCUCUGGGAAAACCAUCUUACUAGAUCGGGGACGGCUUGUUGAACUUGUUGAUUCCUAUCAGAAUAGGACACUUUCAUGGGAUGAAUUUGCAGUUGCUGUACGUUUGGCACAUGAGAAGAGGAUUGGACAACCAGCUUGCCGCAAAGUUAUUUUGGGUAAGCCAAAGGAGGAAGAUUAUUUCUACUCUAAUCCUCAAGAAUGUCUCUGUGAUAAAUUAGAUUGCCACGAGGUACUGCGCCCUUGCAACUAAAGUAUUGCUCAAUGAGGAAGGUGAAAAAAAUUCACGGCUGACCUA